CCUGUCGAUUCGCAUCUAACGAUCCAUACAUUGAAUACUGGCAGGACAGAGAUAUCCCUUGUCGAGCGAGGAGCAGCAGAUAUCGUAUUCGUCUUUCCAAUCACAGCGAAACGGCCGUACCUCCCGGCUCCUUCCCUGGGGGCAGCUCGUCUCAGUCUCUUCUUCAUCACAUCACCGCCACCAUGACCUCCCCCACGACCCAUACAGCCAAUGCGAUUGCCGCGAUACACAACAAGCACAACAUUCAGAUCCCCGAGAUAGACUUCACGCAGCAUCAAUUGGAGAACGGAGAAGUGGUCAGCACGACGGAGCGAGUGGUCAAAGAUGUCCAAGCUCCGGCCAUGUAUGUUCCUACAGACGACCAAUUCUGGUCCAAGGAGGACAGAACAAAGCCAGACAUUGCGUUUCUCAAGAAUCACUUUUACCGUGAAGGUCGUCUGACAGAGGAGCAAGCUUUGUAUAUCUUAGAACAAGGAGGCAACCUCUUGAGAGCAGAAUCUAACGUGCUCGAAGUCGAUGCACCAAUCACCGUCUGUGGAGAUAUACAUGGGCAAUACUAUGAUUUAAUGAAACUGUUCGAAGUCGGUGGGAACCCAGCAGAGACGAGGUAUCUCUUCCUAGGGGAUUAUGUCGAUCGGGGAUACUUCUCCAUCGAGUGCGUUCUCUAUCUCUGGUCGCUAAAGAUGUGGUACCCGGACACCCUGUUCCUCCUGCGCGGUAACCAUGAAUGCCGACACUUGACGGACUACUUUACUUUCAAGCUGGAAUGCAAGCAUAAGUAUUCUGAGACGGUCUACAAUGCCUGCAUGGACUCCUUCUGCAACCUGCCUCUCGCUGCCAUCAUGAACAAGCAAUUCCUGUGCAUCCAUGGAGGUCUUUCACCUGAAUUACAUACCGUCGACGAUAUCCGAGCGAUCAACCGAUUCCGCGAGCCGCCUACUCAGGGAUUGAUGGCUGAUCUCCUCUGGGCCGAUCCACUGGAAGACUUUGGCUCGGAGAAGAAUGUGACGGACAAUUUUGUGCACAACCACGUCCGAGGUUGCAGCUAUUUCUUCACCUUUAAUGCCGCUUGUCAAUUCCUGGAGCGCAACAAUCUCUUAUCCAUCAUCCGAGCACAUGAGGCGCAAGAUGCUGGGUACCGUAUGUAUCGCAAGACCAAGACUACUGGAUUUCCCUCCGUCAUGACCAUUUUCUCUGCUCCAAACUAUCUCGACGUGUACUCCAACAAGGCCGCUGUACUCAAGUACGAGUCAAAUGUAAUGAACAUUCGGCAAUUCAACUGUACCCCUCAUCCUUACUGGUUGCCCAACUUUAUGGAUGUCUUCACUUGGUCUUUGCCCUUCGUGGGGGAGAAAAUCACCGACAUGCUGAUCGCCAUUCUCAAUUGCUGUACUAAGGAGGAGCUUGAGGAGGAGGAAGAGACCCCAAUGGCGAUCACGCCAGAGGAGCCAGAGAUCGUGGACGAGGAGGUAGAAGGAGACGAGUCGCCUGAACGCCGUGAGGUCAUUAAGAACAAGAUUUUGGCAGUCGGACGAAUGUCUCGAGUCUUCUCACUGCUACGAGAGGAGUCUGAGCGGGUCUCCGAGCUGAAAAGUAUCUCUGGGUCUGAGUCGAUUCCUUCUGGUAUGCUAGCGUCUGGUGCUGAGGGCAUCAAGGAUGCCAUUCAAGGCUUCGAUGAUGCCCGAAAGAGUGAUAUCGACAAUGAGCGAUUGCCUCCGGACAUCAUCGAUCCCGACGACAACAAUCCCGCGUCCCCCUCGCAGGGCUCUUUACCCAAUACACCGUCACCUGGUGUCAUGGAAUCUCCAGACCCCAUCGCUACACCUCCUACUGCCGGGUCAGGGUCUCCCGGUACACCGACUGGUGGACCACCAACCAAUGGCAUUCCCUGGCGCCGCGGACAUGCACGGCAGACGUCCCUCGGCACGACCAAGACGAGUCCUUCGAAUCGUCGACGGUCGCUGGAGAACACGAUGCACCUCAUCCGCGACGUUGUGGAUGGGAGAGACGCCGGAGGAGAUCAACAGCUGGAAAAGCUUGCCGAUGUCAUUGCGAGUCCGACCAGAGACCGACCAGGUCACAGUCCUAGCAAGAGUUCGCCGACCAAUGGUUUGGCCUAGACUCGGCCUCACGUCCCCCAUCGCAUGCUUCAUGUUUCCCGUUGCUGGACACGACACUUAAUGAACUUUGUAUGAUUUUCUUAACUCUCAUUUUUCACACUCCGACGCUCGACGACAUACGCCAGGUGACUUCUCGGUCUGUUCUCCUUCAUGUUUAGCUAGCUUAGACUGGUUCAUCACCUUCUUUUUUUUGCAUAUCAUGUGAGAUACCCUUGCCACUUUACUGUUCCGUAUGCAGAUAUACCGGAUGGAAUGCAC